AUGGACCCUCUCAGCAUCGCCAGCGGCGUCGCAGGCCUUCUCACGGUCUCAGCCGCCGUGAUCAAAACCUUUGACGUCGUCAAAACCAGCAUAAAAGACUGUCCCCGAACAGUAUUCUGGGCACACGCUGAGACAAAGGAGAUCAAUUGGGCGAUAAAGCGCCUCAAGAGUUUGAUCGAUGAUCCAGAUUCGGUGCCGAAAGCGGCGAAGAUGUCGGUUGGCCUUCAUGAUGCGACUGUCACGAUCAGUGAAUUGAUCAAGACGUGUGAUCAGCUCAUCUCGACACUGAAGCCGUUGGAUAAAGAUGGGAAAGUUGUUUUGACGAGAUGGGAUCGGGUCAAGUGGUUGAGGGUGCAGGAUGAUGUUGUCAAGUACAUUCGGCAGAUUCAGGCGCACAAGGGCUCUGUUACUCUCAUCUUGAACAUUUUACAAUGCGAGUCAGACGUUGUUAUCGUGGAAUCACAGCGUGCGCUGGAACUCAAGAUCGAUGCGGUCCUCAACAGCAGCGAAGCAACCCAGAGACGAAUCGAAGGCCUCGAAGCACUCUUCAACAAGUUCAUCGCUGACAACUCCACUCUCAUCCCCUCAAACCGAUCAUCCAUGGCUCCGACAUUGUAUCACUUGAAAGAAGAUGAUGCCACGGAAACUAAUUCAGUAGCGACAUCACAAAAGUACGACCAAGAUGAAUGGGGUGGCUUUCACGCAAGCGCAGAGCGAUCACUCAGCUUUCCGACAUCGAGUGUUCCAGAAUUAGGAAUGCCGAAACUCAAGCGCUCAACUUCAGCGGAAACUUCGACGAAGAUCGAGAGCAACGGCACGACUUCACCGCCACGUCGAGAGUUUGAAGCAGCGCUUCAGGAGACAGGCGUCUACAAGCGUGUGUACAACUCAACAGAUGCUUUCUCAAUACACUCUUCCCACGGCCGUUCCAUCACAGGCUCGGUCAUGACAAGUUUCAGUCUCGCCGACGACUCAUCCAUUCUGUCAGCUUUUCCAAUCAUGAGCAGGACGGAACUUCAACACCCCGAGUUUUACACCCAAAUGAGUGGCAACCAACGCAUAUCCCGAGAUCUCAUGAGAGCCAUCACAACAAGAAGUGUGGUCAAGUCCCCCGUGGAACCUCCUCCAGGAGCGCCAUUCUCGCUGAAGCAGUUCAGAUCGCCUCCGAAUUGUGGUGAGAACGUCAUGGGGAGGUGGCAUCAAUCCCGGACCAAAGCCUGGCGACCCAAAGAGUUUCGAACGGAGAUUCAAUUCGAAGUCCCCGUCAUAUUUGUUACUACUUCGAAGGCCGCCAAGGGACCUAUAGACGAAGCGGACGUGUUCUUCAUUGAUGGAACGAGAAAGAGUCUUGAUGAUACAUGGACUGAUCUUGAGCCACCGCCAACCGGUACAUUCACCAAGACAGGGCGCUUCAUUAAGAAUGAGCGUGCAACCUGGCUUGCGUUACUAUCGAGCUUACAAAAGAUGGAAAAUGAAUCGCAGAAUUGGACGAGGCAGCAGAUCAUGGGCUUGAGGCCUCGACCCGCAAGCGCUACAGCAAUACUCACAUCCAUCGCUGGCAAACACACGCUCAACGUCGCUCUGCAACGCGAGAAGAAAAGCUGGGAUGACAUGCCCCCAUCAAUAAACCGUCCCUACGCAACCACCACGAUGAGCAGCUUGAUAGAAAUGCUCGCUAUGCUGGGUAUAUACUGGAAAGACUUCAACACCUUCCACAACGUUUAUCAAGCUGAAGGCAAUGGAUUUCUCGUCAAAGGCCACAAGAUCAGUGGUUUGGGGAUCAUGUUCCACUUCCAAGCGUUGGAGAAGGCUGUGUUUGAAGGGAAUAGGACGAUUCCGACGGAAGCGGUGACGAGACUUGCUUUUGGACAACUUCCUACGAUUUUUACUGAGGGUCAUCCUGAGUAUAAGAGCAGUAAUUCGCUGUAUGACUGGCCAUAUGUUGGGUUGGGGAAUCGAACGGAGAUUGCAGAGACCUUGGGCUCGUUUGGAUGUGGACGCAAGGCGGUUAAUUAUUUCUUGAGAGAUGGAGCUGUGACGUCUCACAUCUUUCCAGUUACUUUUGAGCUCAUAGGCAUGAUCGGCCAAGUCUUUCACAUCAAGGAUCUCUGCUUCAGAUAUAUCUCCAACCCUUGCUACUGCGUCUGGAGCACGAAAGGCUUUUCCCUCCCCAAGUUACUGGCUGCAUAUCAACGAUAUCUCCACGGCGAUCCCGAGAUGGCGAACGGAAAGCUAUCGCUUUAUGUGAACACAGUUUUUGCUACGAAGACAGGUAUUCGACCAGGAGAUGACACCCCUCAGAGCUACACUUGGCAAGCACAGGAUGUACUGCACUCUGUUCUCGACGAACUUGACGACUCACUCAAAGACUAUACUCUACCAAAGCAUGCAAGUCAGCGAGCAACUAUUGGACAAGAAAUUGUCGGCGCACACUUCGAGGAACUUCUCUCCCAGAUGAACAACCCCUCUUCAACAUCAACAUUCCCAUCUGCAAGCGGAAGCAACAAAGAAGACACCCUGAUGAAAACAUACUUCCAACAAAUUCUCCCCGCCGUGUUGAGGUCAGCAUCAAUGACGUUCUUCAAUCUCAAGAACGCAGAUUCCGAGUUUCAGGUUGUCAAGGGGGAGGCGGCCCAAACGGCUGAGUAUGCAGCGUAUCUUCGUGCUGCGAAGGAAGUCUGGUCAUCUGCACCUUACUUUGAGGGGGACCUGAACCACACAGUUUCCAAGGCGAAACUAUCCCAAACAAAGAUGAAUCCCGAGAAUCGAACCAAGAUGUCAUCUAAGGAGAGAUUGCUCUGGAGCGCUUUCGAAAGAGCAAAACCCCGAAUGUGCGCCGAAGCUGCAAAGCGGACUAUCGAUGCGAUGGAGCUUCACCGAAGUUAUCGAGAACGCACUAGCCCAUCAAACCAUCCGUUCUACGCGUAUAUCAAAGGAAAAGGUCAUGAAAGAGAACCAGAGCACUUUUAUUAUCCUUACAUGCUCGUACUACAAGCCCUAUGGCCUGACGACUCAAAUGUCCGAGCCAUGGCAGAGGCGUUCGCCAAGCACUGGGGUGUCUCCAACAUGUGGCGUGGCCCCGAGUACUAUCCAAUGCUAAACGAUAGAGAGCUAGAAAUGAAGCUCUUCAUGGGCAAGACAGUCAGGUGGACCAGGAAACGAGUGAUCAAGGCCUCAGCAGGAAAUGAUGCAGUCAAUGAAGGAGAGGAAGAACAGGAGGAUGGAGGUGAAGAGGAACAGCAACAACAGGAACAGAAACGAGAGGAACACGAGGAACAGGGAAAGGAAGGUGAAGAGAAAGACAAACAGCAAGAGGGAGAGAAAGAACAGGAGGAAGAAGACGAAGACACACCUCAGGAUAUGCGCGACAUCGAAACCAUCACCGACAUGUAG